GAUACAUGUACUAAAUUAUACAAAAACGCGGGAAAUACGAGCGCAAAAUUUCCCGCAAAACAGAGACAACUCACAAAGAAUCGAUUUUAAGUUCUACCUCCAAGAUGCUGAGCUUGAAAAGUCUAUCUGUUGAAAAUGUCAAGCCAACACAAAAAAGACAACCCAAGAAAAAGAAACCUUUCACAGUUGCAGUGGAAGGAAAUAUAGGAAGUGGAAAGUCUACAUGUCUUGAAUACUUCAGAAAGCAGAAACAAGUGGAGGUUGUCCCUGAGCCAGUCUUUAAAUGGAAAGAUGUCAAAGGAUACAACACUCUGGAGCUUAUGUAUAAGGAUGCAUCACGAUGGAGUUUGGCAUUCCAGUCUUACGUGCAACUCACCAUGGCUGAAGUACACAGAAAAGAAACGGAUUGUCCAGUGAAGAUGAUUGAACGAUCACUGUACAGUGCUAGAUACUGCUUUGUAGAAAACCUGUUUAAAGGUGGUCUGAUGCCUGAUGUGGACUAUGCCAUACUAUCUGAAUGGUAUAACUGGAUACAAGAAAACGAGGACAUGCACAUAGAUCUCAUAGUAUACCUGCAAGCUAAACCUGUAACAUGUCAGAAUAGAAUUAAGAUGAGAAACCGACAUGAGGAACAAAGUGUACCCUUGGAAUAUUUACAAUCAUUGAAUGAUCUUCAUGAAGACUGGUUGAUAAAAGAAAAUAAAUUCAAGGCCCCUUGUCCUGUGUUGGUGAUCAACACCGACUGUGGAUUAAAUGACAUGUAUAAAAAGUUUGAUGCGCACAGAGAUGAAAUCCUGCAGUUAAAUAAAGAAAACUAAAUUCCACCUUGGUAUUUUUUAAAUAACACAAAAGUGACUUACAGGUUUGAAUUGUAAGAAAAUGCUAAGAAGAUUUUUUAAAAAAGGAAGCAGUGUUCAGGUAGGGAAGGCCUAGAAUUUAAAAUGUAGAACAUAGAAUUUCCAGCAAAUGAAAGACAUACUGGGAAGCCCAUGGAAAUUUGCAAGGAAACUUUUUGAAAAAAUGGAAAAUUACCUAGAAAACUCCACAGAAAAUGGAAAAAGACUGAAAACCUUGGAAGAAAACAACAAAUUACUCCAAUGAAAACCCGAUAGAAACUUAAUAGGAACAUUACAAAAAUACACUGCUGAAAAACGGAAAAAUUACAAAAAUACACAACUGAAAAAAGGAAAAAUAGAAAAAAAUACACCACUGGAAAAAAAUGGAAAAUAAUGCACCACUGAAAAAUUGAAAAGCCAAGCAGAUCAUUGUAUUGUGAAUAAGAUUGGUGUUAAUCUUAAGAUAGUAAAGUGGUGGAAAAUUGCAGGGGCUGUUGGAGUUGAAAUGUAUGGAAUAGAAGAUCUUUAGAGGUUGAGGAUUUCAAGAUUCUUUCUCUUUUUGUUAAUGAUCUCAAUUUUCUAUGCAGAUAACAUAUAUAUCUUAUUUCCUUUAUUUGUUAAGACACCAUGUUUCUUUUUCUUAAUUUUUGUAGUUUACUGAAUUUUAAAUAUCAUUGCACCCCAUUUGGCAAUGAGACCAAUUAUUUAAUUAUUUUUUGUUAAACCCGCAUUAGGCCUCAAAAGUGCAGAUUCUUCUGUAGACAACAGAAAACAUGUGUUUUAUUAUGUUGUAAAAAAGGGUUGAGAACAUGUUAUAUGCUUAUCACAUGAAGAAAACUGAGCUGUUCAAAGAAGCAAGAUGGACUUUUGAGGGGGAAAAUCAACAUCAUUUGUCAGGCUUAAUGGGACUUUAAAGCUGCACAUAUCCAAAUGUGUAUAGCUUAAAAAAAGCUGAGAAAUUUAUU